ACAUGAUGCAGAUGACGAGAAUAAUGUUCGCUAUUGCAAGCGUUGUUGAUCAUUCGCCUUGCAAACUUUUCAUCAACUUCUCAAUCAAAACAUAAGAAGAACUGAACUGAACACUGAACCAGUUCAGUUCAUUCACUAUCUCAGGAAGUAUUGUAUUAUCGAUACCUUUCUCUUUUAUCCUCUUUCCCUCUCUUCCUCCCUCUCUCUCUCUCCCUCCUUCCUUUUCUCUCCAUGUUUCCUGUUUUUGUUAUUCAACAAUUGAAAAUUACUGCUCUCACAUUCAACUCCAUAUUUGCGUUGAUUUCGGUCUUUUCAUUAUUCAUUGCUGUAUUCUCAUGGUUCUCACCUCCGAUCGCCGGAAUUUCUCCCAAUCCUGUUGCGGAUCAUCAUCAGUAUUCACUUGCUGUGUUUUUUGUUGGCGUAACGAGUAUUUCAAUAUUUCUGUUAUCAGUACUUGGAAUUGUAUCACUGGUAUUGUGUAGCUCAUUCUGUAUGUUUCUGUACAUAAUGAUGUUAUUGGUACAAAUAUUUGUUCAGUUUAGUCUCUCAGCUUUCGCUUUUGCCAAUCAACAUAAGAUACAUGCAACCAUAAUAUCUCAAUGGCGUUCUCGAUCAGAGGAAAGCUUUAGUAAUGAUUGCGGUAGCGAUGCUGUUUGCAGUAAUCAUAUAGAGUUAUUAAGUCAAGUUGAACGAAUCAUUUUCAUAUCACUGCUGAUAUUUUUUUCAUUUCAGGUCAUAUUGUUAUUCAUCAGUUGUUGCUACUGUAAUUAUCUGUCAGAAAGAGAACAGUACGAAACGAUUGAGAAGGAUAACGCCGAAAGCAACUAAUCUUUAAUCAGUUAUCAUUAUUUAACAUUCUCUCCGAUCCCUCACUAUUUUAACACUUUGGAUUCUUUUUUUUCUCAAGGAAAGAGGAUAACUGUAUAUUGGGAAAAAUGAUAAUCCCAACAGGAGUUUAGAUGAAGAGCGGAGAAAGAAGAGGUUGAAAAUUAUAAAUAAUUAUUACGAUGUAAUAAUCAGUUGAUUUGUUAUGGCAAGUAUUUCUCAAACACUACAUCUUUCUUUUUAAUAGGACUUUCUUCGAGGAAUCGUCUCGAUAUAGAACCAUUCAUGUCAUGUAUAACGUAUACCUGCUCACUAUAUAUGUUUGAAUAUUUUUUCAUUGAAAUUUCGA